UUAGGGAUUCAGUUUUCCUGUUAAGCUUAAUUUUGAUUCAUUCUCUGUUAAACGAUAUAAUAGCAAAUUCAUUGAACUCGGUGUGGGUGAAUUCAACGUAUCCGUAGCUGUGUAUCUGUAGACAGUAGCCGUUUGGGGUUAUAUUUAUCCCAAGUUGAAUUAAAUAAUAGCUGUUGGUAUAGUUGCCAGCAAUUUCAUUGCGAAGCGACUGGUUCUGUAAUCUGUAUAUCAUGUUUGCGCAUGUUUCCACAAAUAAGUUAAUAAUUUGAUAAUCCAAGUGGGGGGCAACUCAACUUGCUUUGUGUCUCAUCGGAGACUUUUUUACCAAAUACGGAUCGAAUCAGCGUAUGAUUGUUUGAAGUUUCGUAUGUAUUGCUUCCAUUUUUGCAGUGAUCAUUUUUCCCCAAAUUUUCUGUCCUUCAUAUUCUUUCUAUACUUGCACUAACAAAAGAAAACGAAAAAUGGCAGAACUUGCUGUUACUGGAGCACUAGUUUUGCUCGAUAUAGUUAUACCAUUACUCAGCAAAUUCAAUUCCAAAGAAGAUGUGAAGGAUGGAAUAACAGGCUUAAAAGGUUGGCUCGCUCCAAUGAAGGUUUUCAUAGAAGAACAUUCUGGCAAUGACGAUGACAGGAGGCUUUUAUUAGAUCAGGUGGUGGACCAAGUGCGAGAUAUUGCUUAUGAUAUCGAAGAUGUUCUUGAGGAGUUUAUCAUUCACUCGCAAUCGUAUAAAUUCCACAACCACAGAAUCAGUCGCAAGCUUCACAGCUUCAGCCACAAUCUCUACCAUGUAUUUCCACUUCGUGGGAUCUCCGAGAAGAUAGCAAGAAUCAAGAUGAGUAUAGAUGACAUGGGAUCACAGCAUGCAUUUUUGUCUACCGGAUUGUCCAGUCCAAGACCAUCUUCAAGUUCUACAAACAGGGUCCGCCCCCACCCGGUGAGUCCUCCUCUCCUUGAUGAUGAAAUUGUUGGCUAUGAAAAGGAGAAAGAGACAUUCACUCAUCAGUUGUUAGACGGACAAAAGAGGCUAGUCACGCUAGCCGUUGUUGGUCCAGGUGGCUCUGGGAAGACGGCGUUUGUGAACAACGUUUUCAAGAAACAAGUAAUUACGGGACGAUUUGAUUGCCAUGCUUGGGUUCAUGUCUCUCCACACUUGAAAGCUGAGGAACUCUUUAUCGAUUUGCUUAACCAAUUCUGUGGUUCGAGGAAGUAUCCAUUUGAUGACGGUACAAAUACACAGACAAAGCUUCUUAAGUACCUCACUAGAAAGAGAUUUAUUGUUGUUCUUGACGAUAUUUGGAAUCAAAAUGAUUGGGAUGUCAUUAAGGAAGGAUUUCCCAAUUCCUCACGUAGCAGCAGAAUAAUUGUCACAACCAGGUCGUCAGAUGUUGCCUCUGUAUGUGCAUCAUCGAGCACUCAUGUACAUAUCGUAAAUUGUUUAGGAUGGCUACAUGCACUGACCCUCUUCUACAGAAAGGCCUUCCAAGACAUUGACGGGCAAUGCCCUCCUGAGUUGAAGGGCUGUUCGGAAAGAAUCGUGAAGAGAUGUGAAGGACUUCCCCUUGCUAUUGUGGCAGUGGGAAGUGCUCUCGCGCAUAAACCAAGACUUCCCAAUGAGUGGGAAAAGUUUCAUAAUAGCCUUGGAUGUGAAAUUACGGAAGAUUCCAAUUUGUCAGUCAUAAGCAAUGCUCUGUUGCCUGGCUAUAUGGACCUCUCCACCAAUCUGAAGAGCUGUUUCUUGUACUUUAGUAUUUUCCCCGAGGAUUACUCUGUCGACCGUGGAAGACUUAUUCGUCUCUGGGUGGCUGAGCAAUUCGCUGUGGGAACAGAUUGCCUGACAGCCGAGGAGGUUGCAGAGGAUUAUUUUGAUGAACUGAUUCAGAGGAAUUUGGUUCAUGUUUCCAACUAUGAUUUUGAUGGGAAGCCUAGAAAUUGUCGAGUUCUGAACCUUGUCCUCACCUUUAUCACAAACAAGUGCAAGUAUGAGAAUUUUGCAUCUAUUUUCCCUCGAGAAAGUACGAGUCAGAACCAGAAGAUUCGCCGUCUAUCUGUCCACAGUGAUUGCACCGGUUUGUCUGGAAAGAGUUUCCUUAGUGGCGUUCGCUCAAUGUUUUUAUUGAGGUUGCUUAAGAUAUCUCCCACUGAUUUCAAGAAAAUUUUAUGCGAGCUCAAGUUGGCAAGAGUCUUAGACUUCCAAGGUGCACCUAUCACGAAGUUUCCCAAGGACGUCACCCGUCUCACCCUUUUAAGGCAUCUUAAUUUCAGAGGUACUAAGAUAAAUAUGAUCCCAACUUCCAUAAAGAAGCUUUCUUACCUUGAAACCUUGGACCUAAAACAAACUGAUGUGAAAGAGCUACCUAAAGAGAUAUUAUUGCAUUUGCACAAUCUUCGUCACCUCUUUGCCUACAAAUACAAUGUGGCAAAUUAUGUAGUUUUUGACUCAGUUCAUGGUGUUACGAUAUCCGAGGGGAUCGGCAACCUAACGAACUUACAAAAGUUGUCUAUGAUAAAGGUGGGAGAAAAGGUUAGAAUACUACAAGAACUGAAAAAUUUGUCAAAACUUAGGAAGCUAGGACUUACGGGGCUCGAAAAGGGACAUGGGAAAGAGUUGUCUGCAUCUGUUGAACAGAUGCCGCAUCUUAGAACUCUGAAUUUAUGCUCACACACAAAGGAAGAUUUUCUUGAAUUGGGAGAGUUGAGAAAUCGUCCUUUGAAACUCGAGCGUCUAUACUUGAAAGGGCGCCUAGAACAACUUCCCACCUGGAUUUCAUCUCUGAAUAAUCUUCUCAAGAUUGGUCUCAAGUGGUCUAAGAUGAGUAACAGCCCACUUCAAGCUCUUCAGCGACUUCCAAACCUGAUGGAGCUUCAGCUGGUUGACUGUUUUAUCGGGGGAGAGUUGGUAUUUGAAGCUUCGUCUUUCAAGAACCUCAAGAUUUUACUGAUUGAAGAUUUUGCGGAACUUCACACGGUUGUGAUACAAAAUGGAGCUAUGCCUGAUGUGAAACAGAUAUCUCUUCGCAGGUGCCCACGAGUGAUGAUUUUUCCUUUGGGAAUGAACAAUCUUGCCAAAGUUGAGGAGCUGACUCUGUAUGACAUGGCACCAGAGUUCAUAGCUCGACUCAGAAAGAAAGGUGAAGAUUGUGCGAUGGUUACCCACAUUCCCGUGAUUCAUUCUUUCACUCUCAAACCUCAGUCCUGGUCGUUUGAGAAUCUCUCUGAUUCUUUCUCGCAUUGAGUAAAAGCUGCUUUACCCGUUUCAAGAACACGUUUUUGGUGAGCAUAAUCGAUUUCAGUACUUUUUUCCUCUAUUUGUGUGUCGAUAAUAAGAAUAUGAACGUAAAGUUCAAAAAUCUGUGUAAUAUGUGCAGCUUGUCUAUGGUUAUAGUUGUACAGUGAUAAAUUUGUGUGUUUCCUGUACUGUGAGAAAAUAAAUAUUUUAUAAGAUUGAGCUGUUUCUUCGGCCAUUUGUUUGUCUUAGCAUACACACUUGUAAUGUAUGUUAUACAUCUUAGAUGGCCGAUAUCAACUAGGUAUUAAUUAGCUCAAAAGAUGCAGUUACCGAAUUUAGGCCUUUUGAUUGAACAAAUGAA